GAGGAAAAGAAAAGAUACUUAUCCCACUCUCGCAUACCGCCGUUCUUCAGCAAAGUGUCUGAAUUAUAAAAUUGGCCCACUGUGACUUCAAGCGUUGUACAUCUUGCUAUAAUGGCCGCCAUGUGGUUCAUAAUUCUGCUAGCAACAUUCUUAACAACUACCGGCCUACCCGUAACUGAUCUCGAUGCAGACAUAACAGAAGUGACGCCCAACUUUGAAGACAUAGAAAGAGACGCAAAUGUACUGACGUACACGUCAAAUUUCAAGAAUAUGAUGGCGGAAUAUGUGAAAUUACAACACAACAACCUAACAGUAGACGAUAUGGAAACUGUGAAGGUCACACUGGAGGUGUUUUUGCAGGAUUUCGCCAAAGAUCUACACGACAUAUUGAUAAGUAAGAAAAUAGAAGAGAAAGAGGUCAUCAACGACGGAAUUCCGGAUGCUACGUUCGAUGAAAUUAAACGCGGUAUAAAAAUCGAACUGUCCGAUGCGAGUGAUGAAAUUGCUGAUCAGAUUGUUUAUAAAUUGAGAAAGAAUUUAUUUAACACGCGCAAGAAGUUGGAUCGCAUUAUAUGUAACUGUUAAAAUUUGUCCACUGAAAGGAAGCAGAGAAUAAGUUGCUUUGAUAUGCAUACCACGGGUUAAAUAUCCGUUUUAUACAUUUAAUUUUAGUUCUUUUUGAAGUGAAACUUCUUUAGAAUCGUUGUGAUUUCAAAGCUGAUGCAACGGAAACAACGUCAGGUAAGAGACACAAAUACAAAAAUGUGUAGAAUG